AGUAUGACAUGCAGAUGAGUGCCGUCGAUCUUAGAAUCACCGCACACUUCACUCAUUUGGGCAGUCACGGGGGACGGUGGAGGCAGCAGCAAUGGGAGGCCAUACAGCACCCUAUGACAAAAUGGAACCCACCAGCAGUGUGAGGAGACCUGAAAGUGGCACAUGGCAGAGUGUGGCGAUGGAGACAGCAGCAAUGGGAGGCCGUACAGGACCCAUGACACACUCUGGACCUGGCAGCAGCAUGAGGAGGCGGUACAGGGGCCCAUGAGACACUGUGGACCUGGCAGCAGCAUGA